AUGGACUUUGUCUUCCCGGAGUUCGUACGUGCCUCCAACGACAUUGCUCCGCCGGCCCCGCCUCAAAAGUCACUGUGGCAGUUGGUGGUGGAGUCCGGGCCCAAUGACAUCAUUCCAGAGCGUGAUGUGCCACGACGUGCGGCGGCCAACUAUGCAAGGGAGUAUGGCAGUGGGAUGGAUGCGCACGACGGGAUGAGCGGAAUGGACGGUGAUACAGCCGCAGCGGGCGUUACGGGCUUGAAUGCCAGCACGAAUCAUGCCGCUGUUGGAUUGACCUCGCGGACCUCAUGGACUCCUGCACCGUACAUGAUUCAACAUCUUAUGUCCUCUGGGUUUGUGUCGCAGUUUGCAAUGAUGCAUGGUGUUGAGUGCUCUGCACGGCUUCCUCCGCCUCCUUGCUUGCGGCUGCAGGACCUGCAGCUCCCGCCGCUUGUGCUAUCACGUCUCCGACGACAGUUGUUUUUGCCACGUGGCAAGAAAGCGUUGAAUUUGGAUGGCCCUCAGGAUACUUUGCGACCAAAACUACGUGAGCUGCAGGAAAUUGUCUUUGGCACUGAAGCCGUGCCAUCGUCACGCGCUGGUACAGAUGGGGGCGGCAGGGAAGAAGAGGAAAAAGAUGGCCGUCAGGAUGUUGACGGGGAUGAGGAUGACCCGCGAGAGGUGUUGGGGACGAUGUCGGCUCUUCAGCAAUUUGCAGUGACGUCCAUGCUGCUGGGCCAUCACACCCUCAGCGUCGGCCCAAGAGGUACGGGGAAAAAGACGGCUGCUCUGUUGGCCACAGGGGCGCUGACGCUGGCGCGGGGAAUUCAGAGACAGGAGGAGAAGGAGGUUGGUGGUGAGAAGAAGAAUGAAACUAGUAAUGAUGGUGGAGCUGGCGAUGAGGCGAAGGUAGAGAUGAAGCACGAGCCCUCAGAUGCGUACAGGUUGCAUCCGGCUGCGCCACGAGCGAUGAUUUUGGUCAGUAGCUUCCAUGAAGUUCAGUGGUGCAAUCGGUGGCUGCAAGACGUCUUCACGGCAGGUGCGUUUAUGCCCAUGACGUUUCGUCGUGGAACGGCUGAACUCACGCCGUUGCCAGUUUUUUACGAGAGUUCGUGCGACUGGGGAGGAAAAUUGCCGCCGGAAAAAGAGGCACAACCUCCGCCGUCACCGCUACAUCCACCAAUACCACCACCAGUAGCAUUACUGCCGCUGCCGCCUAGCGAAGAGGCCCAUCAUCGUCAGCAUUUUUCAAAUGAGGAGCGCCAUGAGGAGCGUUCAUUGCACAAACGGGGGCGUGAGCACUCGCGCGGUCGCCAUCACCACCAUCGACACAGUCAUUCGCCGGCUGCCAAGGAGAGGGCAUGGAGCCGUCGUCGACGACAUCGCAGCUCCUCGCGUCAUUACUCUCGAGAACGAAGGCACCGUCGAGGCCGUAGUCACGACCGUCGCCGCGAUAAGAAGAGGCGGGGCAGCAGGCGUCAGCACCGGCAUCGCAGCGGCGACGUCAGCAGCAGUAGAAGCAGCAGACACGACAAGAAGAGGAUUAGACGCGAAAGCGGUCGGUCCCGUCAUCAUCAUCGCCACGACGACCGCCAUGGUGAGGAUUGGAUGCAAGAAUUAUCGCAUCGAAAAUCCUCCGUCGAAAAAGGGGAUUGUGUUUCUUUGGAGUGCGCAGCUGUGACAGCGGCACCUCCUCCUGCGGCAGCGCACGACACAUCGAUGGCGACAGGGCCCUGUGAGGAAAUUCCACAAUUCUUGCAGCAGCAUGUACCGAUUCUCAUAGGGACUCACCAGUCUCUUGUUGAGGCACUGCAGAUGGUACGGGGACAAGCGGAAAUACUUCCAUUGGAAUGCGUUCGAAUUGUAUGCAUCAGUGACGCAGACCGCAUGGCGCAGCCAAAUUCACAGAUGGCUGUUCCCACGUCAUGGUGGAUUUCCCUCUCGAAUGCUGUCGAUGUGGAGUGCCAGUACAUUGUGUCCGCCUCUCGGAUGUACGAUGAGGUCGAUAGAUGGCUACAGGAAACAUUGCUCCAAGAGACCCCUGACGUGGUGAAUCGCUACCGGCAACGCGACGACACGGUGUGGGAUGGGGUGCAGCACAUAAUUGAGGAGGUGUUUGUGGAUGAGGCCGAGGAAUAUGGCGCCCAACAAAUGUUUGAGCGCGUGGAGGCGGCAAAAGUGCGUCGGCUUCUUCGAAUUGUCAAGCAGCACUUUUGCUCGUCCCAUGUCAACAGCGGGGGGCACUCGGAGGUGGCGGGCUCCCAUCGUCAUACGAAUGGGUCCGCAGCGAGUAAUUCCGAGACGCCCCUCACAUCUUCGGUGGGUCGCAUGGUCGUUGUGGUCUCGUCGCGAAAGGAACAGGAAUCGGUGUUUCCGCAGCUACUGACCGGACUGCGGGAAACUGACGCACGUGUCCUCUGCACCUGCCAGCUGGGGGAUUUCCAACGGGGCGAAGCUGACGUGCUAGUGACGUACGACUGGAUGUUGUGCGUUGCCAGUGACGAUGGCGGCAUGAAGAACCGCCCUGUAGACGUUGUUGUCAACUUCGGCUUUCCGCGUGCGUUGAUGGCGCCAGGGAAGGAGGAGAGCCUCCUGGAAUGUCUCGUCAUACGGACCCGCACGCUGCUCCACCACACCGCGGCCAGGGACACUGUGCAUGAGAAGGACGUUGAAAGUUUUUUUUUUGAGAGGAGGGACGCGCCCGUCGUGAGGACGCAGCCGACCGUGUUGACACUUUUGACGGAGCGCCAAGUUCAUGGACGGUUUGGGAGGCUUCUGACAUCACGUGCCCAGGCGAUGUUGUCCAUGUGA